UAUUUACAAAAUGGCGGCGAGCGCGGUAAAGGAAAAUUCAGAAGAUUGUGAUUUAAACACUUUGAAAGCGAGAAAAGGAUCGCUUACUCCCGCAGAAGUAACUGAAUUGUCUUCACUGUCAUCUCAAGAACCCGAGGAAGUAAUACGAUGUUUGGAAGGCCGACAAAAUAUGUAAGCUCUGAUCAUCUGCUUGUGGCUAAUUUUUCUAAGGCUCGCUAGUAGCCGUGUGCGGCUACCGAACAGCUGUUGCAUCGAUCAUGUCGUAAAUCUCGCUGCGAAAAAAGAUUCAUUUUGUUUUGAUGCGUUUCCUUGUAGAUAUGGUCACCGUAACCCAGAAGUAGAGACCCAAAUUUACUCUCUGAAUACUGUAGACGGUGAUGGAGAGUGUAAUUUCAAAACAAGAAAUAUCGCUAGUACUCCAACGCAGCUGACGAACACAACUCCAGGAGCAUUCAGGAAACAACCCUUUAGGUGAACCAUACGAUUAUUUCCAUAGAUUGAUGAUAUUCAUGAAAGGCAAGCCUGAAACUGGGUGAAAGUAGUACUGAACAGAUAUUCCUGAUCCGUUUUCGGACAAGUUGUUUUCUCUCCAAUCAUUGUCCACAGCGGUACGAAAUGAGAGACUUAAUAACUACUAGACACUAGGAAAGGCUAUGUUCCGUAAGAUUGUGUGGAGUCUUUUGGCUUGAUUUCAUUGUUUGCUUACUGUGAGGGUAAUAUAAUAAUUAUGCAAUGUUAACAGUUCAGACUCCUCUGUCUAUUUGCAGAAGCAGCUCUAAGUUAAGGCAACCAUUCAAGUCACCUGUAAGUAGCUAGGAUGCUUUUGUUACCACUUAUGAUUAAAUCAACAUGAACAACUCCUUACUGUACACACCAUACCUUAAUGCCCAGGUUACUGUGACAUUUAAUAAAGAAAUGUAUCGAAUUGUGUGGAGAAUUAAAUUUUUUUUACUUUUUUUUUGGUGAGAACCUUUUUGAUUAGAAAGUUCUGGCUGAGAGUAACCUAAAUUGAAUAACAUACUUAGAAUAUAACCAGGCUGAGAGUCAGUGAAGAAUGUCUUUAUUUUGCUAUUUUUUUGUGAGAAGUUUAGAUAAGAUAAAAAAAAUGUAACACUUUUUUCUAACAGAACAAUUAACUCACAAACUUAGGGGCCUCUUUUAACAUUUACAAUGUGGUUUUCAUAUUGCAUAAUACACUGAAGUACAAGUCAGUAUGUAGCUGAACUUAGUCUGGACACAUCUGAAUUGAUUUUUUGAAAUACUAUACCUUACAACUUUGAGAACACGUGAAGAACAUUUUUAUGCUCCAAGCGCAAGAAAAAAAAGAAUGUUUAGCCUCAGCCUCAAAAUUAGACAUUCAUAUAAAAAAGAUGUACCUUACAUGUACUUUUAAAUUUAUUUAAGGAGUAAAAUACAUGGGGCAAAAGUGAUGAUCAAUGAGAGUUGCACAAACUCAAUAACACCGAGGACCUAGUACCAUAUAUAGCUAAAAUGUUUAUCUAAAAUUGAUCUUUCAGCUUCAAAUGAGACGGCAAACUACAUCUCUUGAAGAUAAAGCAUCUUUGGUUAAAGAGAUUGAAACUUUAAAAGCCAAGUUAGAGAUUCUGGACAAAGAGAUCAAAGACCUCAGUGAAGAGUAAGUGUACCUGAGUUUGUGGGUAGGAUGAAAGAACAAUGAUUGUAGUGUGUAAAGUACCUUCAAAUGCAAGACUCACCAUCAAUUCUUCUUGAGUUGUGCAUAAAUCAAAUUUUACUUUAUUAUGCAAAAUGAAAAUCAACAUACUCAAUCUGUUUUGUCUGUGUGAAAACUGCUUUAGCACCAUGCAUGAAGUUUUGUCAUUAACACACAUAAACCCUGAAGAGCAAUAAAUAUCUAAUAUUUCCCAACAGUAUCACCCCUGAAUCAAACAUUAAAGUUGUAACAAUUAAGGGAAUGAUUACAACUUAAGAAGCUCUUAAUUGUUAAAAAAAAAAAAGAUUCUCCUUAUUGGCACUCUAAGAGAUGUAUGGAGAAUACUAUCCAUGGAGAAUAUGCAUACUGAUGUUAGGGUGCAAAGGGUAAAUCUGAACCCUUUCUUAAAGUGAUUGCCUAUUGAAACUACUUAUUCACGUCAUAUCAGGUACAGUGAAGAAGAGCUUCAGCAGCACAUACAGAUGCUUCAUGAGUACAAUGAAAUUAAAGAUGUGGGGCAACUUCUCCUUGGAAAAUUAGGUAUAAAGAAUUAAUCUGAAUUUCUUCACAUACUGGAUGAUGAGCACACGUGCUCAAGUGCUUUAAUUAGCACUACUCCUCAGUUACAAAUUGUUUGAUGGAGUAAGUAAUAUCAAGUUUGCAAAGUUCUCUCUUUAAGUUAAGAAAACUAAAACUUUUUUCUUAAUUUGUGCUUCCUGAUGCUAACAGUUACAUGUUCGACCCAUUCAGAUAACCAUAUAGACAUUGAAGAGGUCAUUACUAGUGGUUUUUUUUGUUCUCAUUUAUUCACAGCUGAAAUAGAUGGGACAACAACAAGAGCUAAGUAUCAGGAAUUUGGACUGGACACUGAUGACUAG